AUCUUAACAACGUUGAACGUUUCUCUUGGUGCACGUUUUGCCGCUGCUCGUCGUUGUUUUGUAGUGUGCAUACAUAGUACGAAAAAUUUAGUUAUGUUUGAAAAAUACAUGGUUCGAUAAUUUUCUCCUGUAUCAGCGAAAAUAUUAUUAUUUGUCUUUGAUAAUUUCCAAGUUCGUUAAUCGUUCAAAAUGUAUACGCUUAGCGAAGGCUCGUUGGAUAAAAUUAUGAAUGGCAUCGAUAUCGAUAAGCCAAUAUUACAAAUAUUAGGUCAUAAGAAGUUAGCAAGCUCAAGUAGUGGAGAACGUUAUAGGCUGCUUGUAUCUGAUGGAAAGAGGAUAAACUCGUUUACAAUGCUAGCAACACAGUUAAAUUCUAUGAUAACAGACAAUGUAUUGACUGAAUUUUCUAUUUGUCAGAUAAACAGAUAUGCGAUAAGCAUGGUAAACAAUGCUGGAAAACAGAAACGUGUAAUGGUGAUAUUGAAUAUAGAAGUAAAAUUUCCUGGCAGUGAAGUUGGACGUAAAAUUGGAAAUCCAACAAAUGCAGAAGUUGAUAGUGAUUCUAAAGUUGUGCAGCAAUCUGCACAGCCACCUGCUCAACACCAAAAUGAUACUCUGAUGCAAAAGCAGAGCACACACCAGUCUUCUACUAAUGAUAUAUCAACAACUCCAAUCGCUGCUUUGAGUCCUUAUCAAAAUAGAUGGGUCAUAAGAGUACGCGUUGUCAGUAAAUCUGAUAUCAGAACAUGGAGCAAUUCGCGCGGUGAAGGGAAAUUGUUUUCUAUGGAUGUUCUUGACGAGAGUGGAGAAAUUAGAUGUACAGCAUUCAGAGAGAUGUGUGACAAAUACUACGACAUGAUCGAGAUUGGAAAAGUUUAUUAUAUUUCUAGAGCUACAUUAAAAGCAGCAAAUAAACAGUUUAAUCGUUUAAACAAUGAUUAUGAGAUGACUCUAAAUGGAGAUUCAGAAAUCAUUCCAUGUCAUAACACUGGUGAUGAUAUUCCUUCCCUUCAAUUUAAUUUUAUACCAAUAAGCGAUGUGGAGAAAGCAGAGAAAAAUGAUAUAAUAGAUCUUUUGGGUGUUAUUAAGUCAUACGGUGAUUUGCAAAUAAUAACAUCACGCAACACAGGUAGAGAAAUGAAAAAGAGAGACAUUCAUCUUGUUGAUGAAAGUAAUACUAUGGUUUGUCUCACAUUGUGGGGGUCGCAAGCCGAAGAAUUUGAUAGAUCGGAUAAUCCAGUUUUGGCUCUCAAAGGGGUACGUGUUGGUGAAUUUAAUGGAGGAAAAACUGUGUCUACUCUGAGUGCGUCGGUUCUUCAAAUCGAUCCAGAUAUCCCAGCAGCGCACAGACUCCGAGGUUGGUUUAAUACUGUCGGUCGUAAUACGGACGUUAAGACGCUUUCAAGAACAUUUGGAAGUGAUGGUGGCGCAAGUGGACCAUGGAUAACAUUUGCAGAAGCAAAGGACAUGAAUUUGGGUAGGGACGGUAGUGACGUAUACACGGUAAAGGCGACCGUGAAUAUGAUUAGAGUUGAAAAUGCCAUCUACAAGUCUUGUCCUACUGAGAAUUGUAAAAAGAAGUUGAUUGAUCAAGCGAAUGAUAUGUAUAGAUGUGAAAAGUGUGAUAAAGAAUACCCGAACUUCAGAUACCGUUUACUCCUGAGUUUAAAUUUAGCCGAUUGGUCAGACAAUCAAUGGGUUACAAUGUUUAAUGACGAGGCAGAAAAGAUAUUGGGCAUUACAGCUCAAGAAUUCGGAGAGCUACAAGAAAACGAUAAUGAUACAUAUCUUGAAAAAUUCGGUGACACAACAUUUAAGAGUUUUAUAUUUAAACUACGAGUUAAAGCGGAAAUAUUCAAUGAUGAAAAUAAGUUAAAAGCAACGUGUACUAAUUUAACUCCGAUAGAUCAUAAAGCGUAUAACACCCAUUUAAUAAGUCUAAUUCAAGACUUAGCUGGAAUUGGGAAAGCUUGAAGUUGCAUUAAUCAAUCAAUGUAUACCGUUUUUGUACGAAGUGAUUUUUUUCAGUUCCAUUUUUAUACUUGGGAAAUGAAUAUUUUUUUAAAUUGUUACUUGAUUUCAUAAUUAAUAAAAGAAACAUGUCUUAUAAAUAUACAUG